ACAGUCCAUGCGUAGAUAAUUUUACUCUAAACAUGAGAAAUAUCCCCAGGAAGCGAUGGAACGCCCUGUUAGCUAUUAGCGUAUGUUAGCCAGCUGCGCUCAAAUGGGCGUUCUCUGCUUAGCUGAGAUCGUGGGUUUAUGUUAUUGAUUUUAUCUGGUUUGACAUCAUUGCAAAAGCUGUUAGCAGUGCUUUUUGCUCGUCGAUGAGUUGGUAAUUGUGUGGUAAUAGAUACGCAACGAGGAGCGUUAAUGUUGCGGUCGAUUAUGUACACCGAGUCUGUGAUGAAACUACAGCUUCCCAAAAUACCCGGCUUUAAGAUGGCUGAGAAGACCUACAACACGUCUACUAGAUGAGGGACCUCAAACUCUACAAAUGCUGAAGCCAAAGAACCGAAUCAGUUAAACCCUGAACUAACAGAAGACAAAGCAAAUGCGCCUCCUUACUUCAUCUUGUACGACACAGAUCUGUUUGUCUGGAAACAAGUUAGGUUUUGAGCCUAACUUGAGAUGCCCAUACAAAGGCCUCCGUACAGGCUGGAGCCCAGCUGUGUAAACUGAAGCCACCAGAAAACUGCAUUUCACGUAUGUAGGAUGUGCUUCUGAUUGGACUGAAGGUCUUACUCCUCUGCCACUUUUCAGUAACAUUGAAAGUUAGUUGGUGUCAGUGUGCACAGUGAAACAUGGUGGCUAAAAAUGGUGUUUGAAUGUGGCAUCCUGGUGCAGGGAGUGCCUAAAGAGGUGAGGCUCUCAGAGGAAAUAGUAACAACUGAACGAUAGCCUGUGGCAAAUCAUGGAUGCCAAGCUAAAAGAGGAUCUGUUCCGAAGGUAUGUGACUGCUUUGGAAAAGCGUCUGGAGGAAGGUGGAGGAAGUACUGCAACCGGAGUAACACUAAAUGGAGACAAAGGCAGAAACAAAGACAGUGAGGCCCUACUGUCCACAGCCACGGCUCUGCUUGGAGCCUACCAGCCAGAUCCUGGUCAGCGAUUUCGCAUGGUGCGAUUCUACGAGGUAGUAGAGAAUUCACUCCGCUGCCAGAGAGGAUGUAAUCUGAAGAGCCUGGAGAGAGCGUUCAACACACUGGAAACAAUUUGUACCAACUUGUUGCUUUUCCCUUGGAAGAAAGAAUUCAAAUGUAUAAAGACCUUCACUGGCCCCUACGUGUACCAUCUGCAGUCUGCCAUUCUUGAUGCUGAGCUCCAAACGCUAAUGCUUACCAUUGGAUAUUCUCGUGACCACGAUUCACAGUUUACUUUGCAGGAGCACCCAGGGGACACAAAUUAUCUCCGGCAGCUAGCAUUUGAGCUGUUUUUGGCCCAGGCAGAGUGUCGUCUUCUGGGAGAGGUAGUAGCUCUUGCCCGGGGUUCAGCCUCAGAGCUGGAAGCUUUGGAGCUCCGCAGAGGUUGUAGAGAUGAUGCAGCUGGCUGUGCGGAGGCACUCCGCAGACGUGACAGCCUUGGGGCUGAUAUGGCUCGACUGUCUGUGCGACCGCUGGAUAUAGAAAGGCCUCAUGCCCAUCAACUGAGGCGGGGUAGUCGACCCUCCAAGUCUGUGGAUGUUACAGAUGGGGCUGGUCACUGGCACGCAGCUGUUAACAAGCCUGUUUUGAAGGCGUCGUUGAGUCUAAGGAAGGAGCCUCUGUUUGUGGAUGCUCAGGAGGAUAUGAAGGAUGAGAUCAUCAGACCCAGCACCUCAGCUUCUUUUUUCUCUGUUGCAGCGCCACCUUCUUAUAGCCCCGUUGCAGACUUUUUCCCAAUUCAGUCACCUACUCCUGCCGACCCCUACACGUCCUACCAUCUGUCCUCUUUAGAUGAGAUCGACUUGUACACAGAGAAGGGAGGUGCAGGGACAGGAGGAAGGCAAACUCCAUCUCGACCUCCAUCUAGAGAGCCUCGAGAUGUCAGAGAUGGCUGGCUGCUUAAGUCUCACUGUAGUGUCAAGUGUCAAGGUUGUGGACUGGCGUGCUCAACAAUGACAGCCUGCCAGAGGUGUGACAUGAUUCUUUGUCCUGCCUGCCACGACGUGGACCCUUCUCCCUGCUGUGGCCUACAGGAGUACCACUCCAAAUCUCCGCGACCCCUUGAUGGAUACAUUCCCAUCAAGGAAAAGCUCUCUGUCUACUCCAAUGCUCAUACUCACUCCCAUCUUCAUCCGCAUCCCUUAACAUUAACCCAUUCCCAUCCUCAUUCUCAUCCUCACCCUCAAAUGUUGGAAAAACCCCUAGUCUCCACCAAGCUCUUUCCAAGUAAGUCUGCUGCCUUGACGACGCCAAAAGGGGGCAGCAGUGAGCGAAUCAGCAUGGGGGGAUCACGGUGUGGAUUUUGCAACAAGCCGGGUGCAUCACACACCUGUGUGAACUGCUCAAAAGUAUCAUGUGACUCAUGUAUGGGCUUGUAUGCAAAAGAUAUGUGCACCCGUAAGAAUCCUCAGCACAACUUUGUGCCCAACCAUCAGCUCAACUUUAAAUCUGGCACCAUAUCUCACUUAGUGUACCGAUGAAUUGGGCUGGCAGUUCAUUCUUUUAACAUGCAGUGUAGUCUUGCACUAUUCACCUGUCUUCAUGUUUAAAUAUUUCAUUUUGUGUUUUCUGUUUUAUCUUUUGGUCUUUUUAUUUUCCACUUGUACAUUUCCUUUCGUACUCUCAGUGGGGCCAUGCAAUGCACAUGCCACAGAGAUCCAUAUCAUCUACCUAUCUCUCUGCCUUGUACAACUUCAGGCCUUUUAUCUAUUAUUUUGUUUUAUCUUGCAUCCUGCUCUUGAGUAGUCGUGUGAUGUUGUAGCGCUUUCCAGUGUUCUCAAGUUUUUACACUCCUCAAUCGGGAAACUGGAGAAAAGUUAAAUUUUAUUUUGAAUGAAAUCAGUUCAAAAGACCAUAAUAUACAUUGCCUAACCUUUCAGCUAACAAAUCUAAUAUAUGAAUAUUAUAUAUACAGUAUAUAAAUAUAAAUGUGUGAGAGAGAGCGAGUGUGUGUGUAUGAAUGGAAAAGACUUCUGAGCUUGCGUUGUGUUUAAAAGUAUCUUAAAACUUGAAAAAAUGUAGGGAAAACUAAAACUUACACUGGAAGACAAUAGUAUAUAUUUUUACUCUCUGGAACAAUAUGAGACUGUUAAACAGGCUCGAGAUCUGGAGGUGGGAUUUAUUUAGAUUAUUUAUUCAUGUAUGUGAGUGUAGGGUAGAAGAUUUCUCAAAGGGACAAACUGUGGUCAGAGGCCAUGUGUUCUCUUUAAAAGAUUAUGCCAUGUAAAUGAACUCUGACAGGUUGGUGAUUAUAAGGCUGAGAUUUAAAAGCUGCUGUUGAAUAAAUUUGACAAUGAUUCUUUGAGAUAGUUGUCAGUUCCACAGCUCCCCUUUCAUUGCACUCCUCAACGAUCUCCCCUUCCCAGGUUAGUGGGUCUCAGUCAGUCUCAGGUGGGAUCACAGGAACUUUUCAUCUGGGCCACAAAUCAAGGGGCUGCAUAAAUGCAUGGGCUCAUUGAUGGUUUUAGGUUGUAUGAAAGUUUAUACUCUACUAUGGUUUCUGUCUACCUCAAAUACCAUCAGCUUAAACACCCAGUUUGACGUUGCGGUUUCAAACUAGCCUCAAAAAUCAGAAGGAAAAAAAGAAAACACCAUUUACUGAACUUAUGUGAUUUGCAACUUGUGUGUUAGCUUAGUAGAACCAUGUCAUCUUCCAAUCAGCUGAGUCGGAUAUCUUUAGAGGUUUAUUGUGUAAAUGUGGUUCUGCCACCUGAACAAUUUAGAAAAUGUUCUCCGUCUGGUUACGUUCUGUGCGUACAGUGAGCUGACAGAAACUGGAACAUCUGUGAAUUUUGGUAAACUUUAGAGUGACCUUGAUACAAGUAGCUUGUGAAGCUGAAAUUAUUUAUUUUUUGUUGUCAAUUAAGCCUCUUUGUGACACUGAAUUGUGUUGCAGUUCCAAGUGUUAUUUUCGUUUUUUUUCCAUUGACCAAAACGCAUUGUGUUAUUAUGAUUCAUUGCGUUACAAAGGUGGAGCUAAAGAGCUGAAACCUUUUAAAAGUAUAUUUAGCAUUUGAGCUUUGCAAAGAAAGUGGAUAUUACACUAUUUUUCAUUAAGAUUUCAUCUGCAUGCAAUGCACUGAUAUUGUAGCUUUUGUAURAUUUGAGUUCUGAGAAUCUUUCUGCUCCUUACAGUAAUAUAUUUUUUAAACACUAAAAGCUCUACUGACGCUUGUUGGAUAUACAGUAUAUAAACUAUAUACUGUAUGUAUAUAUAAUACUCGACUUAUGUUUUGUUUAUACUUCCAUUCUUCAUGUGUGUAGGGAAACAUGCAUUUUAUAUUGAAGUUUAUAGCAAGGGCUAAUUUUAAAUCACAUUUCAUUGAAAACUAAGUCUGAUUGCAGACUGUUUGGGCUCCUGGAGCCUUUAUCUUCUGUCAGAGCUAACCUUAAAAAUGCCUUAAGCUUGUUUAGCUCUGUCAUUGGGAAUUAUUUAGAGAAUAUUUUAGAUUUUCAGCGUCAUUUACCCUGUUUGUGUCUUAUCAACCCGUAAAUCUUAACAUUUUUUCAAUACUCCGGUGAUGUUUUAAAUAAGUAAAAUUCAAAGUUCUGAA